AUGAGGCGGACGAUUCUUGAAAUCAUCCAACAGCUUCAGGCUUACGGGUCCUGCGAUGUUGCGGAUGGUCUGACAAAGAUCAAACACCACUGUGGCGGGUACCUCGAGGGACUUGUCAUGUACUCGCCCAAAUUCCAAGAUGGCGACACCAAGAUCGUCGGACAGGCGUUUACGGUCAAGUUUGUGCCAAAGUCGGACACAAAUGCGCCUUCACUGAAUGGACACUAUCUUGAUAUGGUCCCGGCCAACCACGUGCUGUUCAUAUCACAACCCACGCCACACCUCCAUGCGGUCUUUGGUGGGCUUAUGAGUCUUCGCGCUCAAAAGCUAGGCGCCGCCGGCGUCGUCGUGGAUGGGAAAAUACGAGACCUAGGAGAACACCGAGCUUUGGGCAUUCCAGUAUUUGCCCGAUCCGUCGGGACCACAGCACCUAACGAAGCGUACCGUGUGUCCGAGGUGAAUGUCCCAGUGCAGCUACAGACUGACCUCCAAAACGUGUUGAUUUCACCGGGCGACUUCAUCGUGGCCGACCUGAACGGUGUGGUUUGUCUGCCCAGGGAUCUGGCGGAUCAAGUUUUGGACGCGAUUCCUUCCAAGCUGGAGGCAGACGAGUUAUGUGCAGAAGGAAUUCGGAGCGGUCGAUCGGUACAGGAGGUCUUCAAGGAGUUCAGGGGCAAAUAA